AGUCGUGUAGUGGCUGUGCUGGAUUUUUUGAUUAGAAUAUGGAGAGGUUUUUUAAACAAGUAGGGCUUUUAAAGUAGUAUUGAAUAAAAUGAACGUUGUUACGUGUAAAAUUUGUUUUUACUAGCAUUUGUGUGUAUUUGUUUUACGAAUACGGUAUUUUUAUGUUCGAAGAAACUAGUAGUGUGGUAUUAUAAGUUUGGUUCACAACAGGUGAAUCAAACAAACUAAAUGAUCAUGGUCCCCGUGGCUAUUGAGGGAUGUAAUCAAGGCACAGAAGGUGGUGGAGCUAGAGGAGGCUCCAUAUCAUUGGCUUUGUUAAUAGAUUUCAUAGUACAAAGAACUUAUGAUGAACUCACUGUUCUGGCUGAAUUGUUGCCCCGGAAGACGGACAUGGAGCGCAAGAUUGAGAUUUAUAAAUUUAGUGCCCGGACAAGACAGUUGUUUGUGCGGUUACUGGCUCUUGUUAAAUGGGCUAGCAGCGCAACAAAAGUCGAUCGGUCGGCUCACAUCAUGGCCUUUCUCGACAAGCAGGCUCUGCUCUUUGUAGAGACAGCUGAUGUUCUAGCACGAGUUGCAAGGGAGACGCUGGUACAUGCACGGCUGCCGACAUUCCACAUGGCGGCGGCGGUGGAAGUGCUGACGAUCGGUACGUACAGCCGGCUGCCGGCCGUGAUCCGCGAGCGGCUCGUGCCGCCGCCCGCGCUCACGCCCGCCGAGCGCCGCUCCACGCUGAGGGCGCUCGCUCACGUUGUACGACAGAGGCUCACUACCGCUUCUCUGCCCAGUGAUGUCAGGAAUCUAAAGGUGGACAAUGGUCGGGCUACAUUCACAGUUGGCCAAGAAUUUAGUGUUUCUCUGACAGUAAUGGGUGAUGCACCUAAUCUCCCAUGGCGUUUGCUAGAUAUAGCUAUUCUCAUUCAGGACAACGAGACUGGUGAGGGCAAAGCGCUGGUCCACUCGUCCCAGCUGGCCUGGUUGCGCGGCGUCGCGCAGGCGCGGCUCGCUGCGGCUGGUCUCAGCGGAGCUCUCACUGCACUGAGAUAUUUCUGCCGCUCUCUGUCACUGGAGCUCCUGUACACACAGACACUCAGACUGUGCCGCGACAGGCUAUCGAAGCACCUGCAAGUUGAUAGAUAUACUCCAGGACAGAAACUACAGAUUUCGUAUUGGAAAGAGCUGGGCUGCGAGCUGGGGUACCGACUGAUCGUGGGCGCGGAGGGCGAGUCGCUGUGCGUGUGGCACGUGCCGGCGCUGGCGGGCAGCGAGCGCGUGGCGGCCGCGCUCACGCCGCACGCGCCCUCCAUGGAGCGCCUGCUCGCGCAUACCGUGCACGUGCGCUCGCGGCAGAGGCUCAACGAUCUCAAAGUGCUGCUCAAUGACCUAGGGGUUGAGUGCACCGUGGGCGGCUGGCCGUGCGUGCUGGCGUGCUCGGUGCUGUGGCCGUGCCUCCGCGCCGAGCAGCUGCUGGUGUCGGUGGGCGCGCACGGGGGCCGGCUGCGCGCGCGCGUGCCCGCCUACCCCGCCACACCCAAGAUGCCAGAGCUGGCUGCCGCGCUCGCCACCACUAACUUGCCUCAGAUCAAGGCCAUGCUUACGCAGCUAAGGUUUUGGCUGGUGGCGCGGCGGUGCGAGAAGACGCUGCAGCACCUCCCGGCGAGCGUGUGCGAGCACCUGCCCUUCCUGCACGGGCCCGACCACCCGCUCAGCAAGUUGUCCGCGGACAGACUCUAUAUCACCUUGCAUCGGCACACGGAUCAUAUACUUAUAGUAGAGAUGAAGGAGGUGGCGGCGGGCAGCAGCGCGACGACCAGCAACAGCGCGAACAGCGGCAGCGCCUGCGCCGUGGGCCUCUCCUUCCACCUGGCCGGCGCGCGCCGCUGCACGCCCGACGAGUGCGAGGAGGACCCCGCCGCGUCUGCUGCGGCCGCCGUGGCCGUCACCGCGCGCGCCUUCCUCAAGCUGCACUCGCUCGUCGAGCUCGACACCUUCACGCUCACACACGGACCCUUCACGCCACUUGACACCUCAGGCUUGCAGCCGGGCAAGCGGAAGCUGUCGGCUAACAGCACCCGCGCGGUGCGCGUGCGGCAGCCCGCGUACUUCCUGCCCGAGCUGGCGCACGUGGUGGCCGCCGCCGACGAGCGCGUGCCCUUCGUCAACCUGGCGCAGGAGCUUGCGUCGCGCGGCGUGACGCACGGCGGCGUGCAGCCGGAGUGGAGCGGGUCGGCGCUGGGCAUGCGCAUCGUGGCUCUGCCGCUACCUGAAGGUGCAUGUGAGCGCGCCACGGCGGCGCUGCGGUCCCGCCUCCUCGCCGCCACGCUGCGCCUCACCACCAAGAACCAGGCGCGCGUGUGGACCGCCGAGCUCGUGUUCCACGGCUCACCGGCGCGCACGCCCACGCACAAAGAACAAGGCGAGCGGCGCUGCGUGUACCUGCAGUACGAGCUGGGCACGGAGGCGGGGCGCACGGCGGACGCGUUCCUGGCGGACUGGGCCGCCAUCGUGCACCUGCACACGCUGCUGCACGACUUCAUGCUGCGCCCGCAACACGAGCGUGAGCAGCUGUGGCAGGGCGUGUGUAUCCGCUCCUACACGUACCGGUCGCUGGUGGUGGGGUGGGGAGCGGGCGCACGAGCCACGGCCGUGCUGCAGUGGUCGGCGGCCACGCAGCGCUACACUGUGGCCACGCCGGCGCACCAGCCCGCCGCCAACGCGCACCACCUGUUGCAUCACCACCUGGACCACUACAUCAACUGGCACAAGGACCUGCUUGCGCUGGGCGUGGUGCUGCGCGAGACGUACGCGCCGCUGCUGGCGCUGAGCCGGCUGCCCACACUGCCGCAGCUCGGCCUGCACCACGUGCGCACGCAGAUGCCCACGCCCACCUUCACGCUGCUGGCGCACUCCUGGCGGAAGAUCCGUAUAAUCUACGCUGGUGCAUACUCGCUGGAGGUGAACAUCCGCGGCGGCGGCACGGUCACCAUACGCGACGGCUCCUACUCCAAGUUUGACCGCACGUCGGUCGUCGACGAGUUCGCCCCGGCGCAGGGGUUAAAGUCGUUCCUAUCACGGUACGUCGAUGACAGCAUGAGCGCGCGCCUGCUGGCAGAAGACGACAACCCGCCGUCGCCCAUGUCACCGAUGCCACCAGGCGGUCUUCGGUUUCCGGCGCCUAUGACUCCGCCGCAGCCACACACGCCGCAUUCGGCGCCAGUGACGCCACACCCCGCGUCGCCCGCGCAGCAUCAGAUGAACAACAACUCGUUCAACCUGACGUCCCCGCCGGGCGGCGGCGGCGGCGGCGCGGGCACGGCGGCCAGCGUGUCGGCGUCGCCGGCGUCGCCGAUGGCGCCCUCUCCGCUCGCCGCUCCCGUCGCCUCCCCGCACCCGCCGCCCACCUCCCCGUUCACCGCGUGGCCCGCCUCACCUUCAUUGCCGAGACCUUCCCCUGGACAUCAUCCCUCGCCUCGGCACAAUAUGGAACAUAAAGGGCCGACAGCGUCAUCGUGCUCAGCGCGCGCGGGGCGGGGCGCGGGCUCGGGCGCGACGGCCACGCCGCUGCCGGUCAGCAAGCUGGAGGCGCUGUGCGCGCCGUGCGAGCCGCCGCAGGGCGCGCCGCCGGGGCCCGCCCUAGCACCGCUGCAGCGAUUCCUCGCCUGCGUCUACAUGAAGCGGACGCUCCAGCGGUUCGUUCAGGCGGAAGAAUACUUGACGAUGGUGAGCGCGGACGCGACGAGCCUGACGUUCCGGUGCGAGGGCGCGGCGCUGGCGGCGCGCGUGUCGCUGCACCCGCAGCACAUGCAGUCGCUACACCUGCAGCUGACGCCGCUCGACCAGGGCCCGGGCAUGAAGCACGAGUGGCUCGAGGACGAUCUCAAGGUGAUGCAGAAGUUCUUCGAGCUGCGCGUGUGCAUAGCGCCGUACCGCGCGACGGCGCUGCAAGGCUGGGGCCGCACUUGGGGCGCGCCGGCCGCCGCGCUGCCGUCGCUGGUGGCGCUCAUGCGCGCCGACCUCGAGCCCAUCCAGCCCGCGCUGUGGCAGCUACAGUGGGCGCUGCGCAUCCCGCCCGCCGCGCCGCAGCUCGUGCCCACCGGCCACCCCGCCGUGCUGCUCGCCAAACACAAGAUACUAUUCUUUAUUUGCCUGACGCGCGGCGAGACGCAACUGGUGCUGCCGCUGGUGUACGACAUGCAGUCCAACGUGACGCAGCUGGCCGACAAGCGCGACUCGCAGCCGCACCUCAUCGCGGUCAACCUUCAUCUCAAACGGUUCAGCGAGUUUAAUCAAACGCACGGCGAGUGCACGCUGUGGCCGGCGGUGCGCGACCUGCUCACCAACUUCACGCUGCCGCAGGACGCGCCCGUGGCCGCCGCGCCGCCGCCGCCAUAGCUGCCGCUCGCGCCGGCCCCGCUCGCCUCGAUGCUUUAACGCCGGCGCCGACCCACCUGAUAAAAACUAAGCUUCACCUUCAGCAUUACACCUGGAUUCACAUAUAUAAUGCUCCAAAUAUCGAUUUUAUACAUUGAUUACAUAUAAGUAAUUUUUAUAGAGUGUGCUCUAUAUUUUAUCACAUUGGGACACAGUGGAUACGCCAUUGUGUAGUUAAAUCACAUUCGGUGGCCAGCCAAGAGAUACUAUUGAAUUAAGUUUGUGUUGUGUCGCAUUAAACACAGACGAAAAAUUUACUGCCAAGUUGUCUGAAUAUAUAGAAACAUAAGUGUUGUGCGAAAAAACCCGCCAGAGACUAGCGCAAUGUAUUUCACUUCACCUGUGAUAUACCUAUCAGCGACCUGUUCGCUAUCGAAGACACUACACGCGGUAGGUAGACGAUACUACCAUAUU